CGCUUCACCAACGACGACUCAGACACCUCUAGCAACGCGUUAGAGGAAGCUCCUACAUACGACGGUGAGGCCUGGCAGAAGCUAAAAACAGUUGUGAAACGUGCGUUGAGUGGUGCCUCAGAGAAAGAUGCAUCUACUAUUCGGCAAUCGCUCCACCACAUGGCUAUACAGAACACUCUUCUGACAAGCGAGAGCGAGGGUCUGCUUGACGCUUUUACUGCUAAUAAAAGGAGAGAGAUGAAGGGCAAGUCUCUAGACCUGCUGCAACACUAUGAGUACUGGGGACCUUCGAUAAUGUGGACUCCUCGCUCGUUCCGUGAAGCUAAGGCUCGCAUGAGGCUUGCAAGGGAGGAGCGAGAGGCAGGCGAGAAGGAAAAGGCUAACAUGAAGGAGCUUGCUAAGGCUAAUAAGCUGUACAACGAAAAGUUUGCGCAGGAGAAGCGUGGUGUGUGUGCGAGGGAGAAGGAAGAGCGUGACCGGCUGAAGACUGAAAAGGCCAAGGAAAGAGCGCGCCAAAGGCAAGCUCGUGACCAUCAGAAAGUUAUCCAAAAGCCGCCUACAGGCAAGCGCAAGGCUUUACAAAAAGCAGCACUAAGGAAGAAACAGAAACGUAGUGCUAGAGAUGAUAUGGAUGGUGCCUCGCGCAAGGCGCGUACCCCAACACCGCCACACUAA